ACUGUUUGUUAUUUUGGACAGUUGUGCAAAUUUGUCUCUCUGAGAAGUUAUUUUUCUUCAACUUCUGCUUGAAACUGCAAACAACUUUUGGAUUUUUUUAUCACAGGAUUUUUGACAGACUGUCAUGGUUUAGGAGACAAAACAUGGACAAAGAGCAAAAUAAUUAUGCUUUUUAAAUUGAAAACAGACACAGGAUCUGAACACUGAAGCCACUGAAAUAUCAACUUGGCAUUGUGAAAUGACCUGCUGACACGGAUAGAGAAGAUUUUGUGAAUCCUGAAUACUCCAGUUCAGUUGUCACGAUAAGGUACACAGCAGAGAUGAAAGAUCUGAAGUGUUGGAGGAUUCUUGCCAUACUUACUAUCCUACAGCAAACAUGGAUUUCAGCCAUGGAAAUUCCUCCUGAUGUCAGGCAGCCUCCAAUGAUCUUUAAAGAGAGUCCUCAAGACUACAUAGUAGAUCCAGUUGACCCUAUUAUAGUGGAGUGUGAAGCAACAGGGAAUCCACCUCCAGUCUUCACAUGGACACGUAAUGGAGUGUACCUGAAUGUGGCUCGAGAUCCUCAGGUCAGCAUGAGGUGGCGUUCUGGCACAUUAGAGAUUUUCUUCUGGGGUCGUCCUGAUGACUAUGAGGGUGUCUAUCAGUGCACGGCAACUAAUGAGUUUGGUUCUGCUCUGUCCAGUUACAUCAACCUGCGUGUCUCCAAGGCCCGUACCUGGUUGAAGGAGUAUCUGGAGCCAGUCUCAGUGGUGGUUGGACUUCCUCUCAUCCUUCCCUGCAAUCCCCCUGUAGGUCCUCCAAAACCUGACACCUACUGGCUGAACAGCACCAUGGCACCAAUCCGUCAGGACCGUCGAGUAUCAAAGGCAGAAAAUGGAGAUCUGUACUUCUCCAGUAUUGUAGCAGAUGAUGCUCUCACAAACUAUGUGUGUGUCGCGCGCUUCCCCUUCACAAACACCAUCCAGCAGAAACCGCCCCUCAUCCUGCAGGUGCUUACAGCUCGCAUGGCAGCCCAUACGGCACCCAAGUUUCUGAAACCCAAAGGAACCGCCAGCACAGCCAUUGCGAUGCUGGGGGAAGAGCUUAUUUUGGAGUGUUUUGCUGCUGGAGUUCCAACUCCCUUUAUCAAAUGGACUAAAGAUUGGGAGGAGAUGUCCAUGACGGGAAAGAAGUUGGAAAACUUUAAUAAGACACUUAGAGUAAAGAACGUCUCUAUGGAUGAUGGAGGAGACUACAUCUGCACCGCUUCAAACAGGAUGGGCAGCCUGGACCACGUCAUCACUGUCAGGGUCAAAUCGGUUCCAUUCUGGGUGGAGAAGCCUGAGAGUCUGGUUUUGUCUCGUGAUGAUGGUGGUAGUAUAGUGUGUAGUGCUGAUGGAAUUCCUCGACCACAGAUACAGUGGCUGGUUAAUGGAGAGCCAAUCAGUGAUGCUCCUAAGAGUCCAGGCAGACAGGUUUCAGGAGACACUUUGACGUUCAGGGCUGUGGUUCCAGACAGCGCUGCUGUGUUCCAGUGCAAUGCUUCAAACCAGUACGGCUAUAUCAUGGCAAACGCUUUCUUGGCUGUAAUGGAUAUGAAACCUCGCCUGUUAGGUCCCAGAGAUGAACUCAUUAAAACAACUGAAGGCAAUCAUACUCAUUUAGACUGCCCAUAUUUUGGGUCUCCGAAACCUGACCUGCGUUGGUCAAAAGGAGGACUAGGUACCUUAGAGGGAAGUCGUCAUAGGAUUCUUCCAAAUGGUACACUGGAAAUCAGAAAUACAAAGCUACAAGAUCAGGGAAGCUAUGUGUGUGUUGCAAGCAACGUCAUUGGACGAGAUGAGAAGGAGGUCCAACUAGAGGUCAAAGAGCCCAUUAAAAUCGUCCGAGCCCCACACAAUACUGUAGUCAUAAGAGGAAGUCUGGCUCGCUUUGACUGUAAGAUUAAAUUUGACUCGACUCUGGAUGUCACCGUCACUUGGCUUAAGGACAAGAAGUUCUUGAUCUUAGGAAGGAGGAUGACCAAGGAUGAGGAUUCUCUGAGCAUUGCUGAUGUGUACAGAAGAGAUGAAGGCGUCUACACCUGCAGGGUUAAAAGUGAACUGGAGGAGGUCACUGCCUCAGCCAAACUCACUGUGAUGGAUCGUCCAGACCCGCCCAGUGACCUAGAGAUAUCAGACCCAUCAGAGAGGAGCGUUAGACUCACCUGGGUACCAGGACUGAGCAACCACAAUCCUAUUAAAGAGUACCUGGUUCAAUAUACUGAGGAUCUCCUUGCAGACUAUUGGCUGCUGCCAAGCGGCUGGAAGAACCUGUCCAGCUACCCGGGGAGCCUAAACUCUGUCAUUUUACAGCUGACACCGUUUGUAGAGUACAGAUUCCGGGUCAUCGCUGUAAACGGUAUAGGUCCCAGUAAACCCAGCUGGCCAUCUGAAUACUACCAGACAGGAGGAGCUGUGCCUGAUGCCAUCCCAAAGAACAUCCAAGGAAUGGGAAGUGGAGUGUUCAGAAAUAACAUGGAGAUCAGCUGGGAGCCACUGGAGUACAGAGAAUGGAAUGGGCCGAAACUGGGCUACAUGGUUUGGUGGAGACGAAGGGAUUCAAGGGAAGAGUGGAAGAACUACACAACAUACUGGUGGUGUAGCUACAUCAUCUAUGAUACUGACACCUUCACACCCUAUGAGAUUAAAGUUCAGGCCGUCAACUUCUUCGGCUAUGGCCCAGAAUCCCCUGUUGUGAUUGGCUACUCUGGGGAGGACCGUCCUGUUGCUGCUCCAUCUGACCUGGGAGUGUCAGACAUCGAGAGCUCAACGCUGACAGUCCACUGGGAGCCAGUGUCACGAGCUGACAUCAUGGGUGAAAUAAAGGAGUACAAAGUUUAUUACUGGAGAGAGAGCAGUCGUCUGCCCUGGCACACUGUGAGCAGGAGGAUUAAGACCAAGAGUUUUAAAGCUAAUGGACCUCGUUUGUCUGGGACCCUGACCGGUCUUGUACCAUAUAGUAACUACAGGAUGUAUAUUGUAGUGGCCAAUAAUCGCUUUGAGGGUCCGCCCAGCAACACCAUUGAGUUUCAGACACCUGAAGGAGUGCCCUCGAUUCCCAGAUCGUUCAGGAUCAUGCACCGGCACUAUGACACCAUUUACCUGGACUGGGAAGAACCUGCAGAACCCAAUGGCAUUCUGACCGGAUAUAUUCUCAAAUAUCAGACGUUGAACGUCACUCUGGGCGACAGAAUCCAGGUUGAAUACAUUCCUCCGAACAUCACCUACUUCUCCCUGCGGCGAUUUGACCGUUACACGCGAUACAAGUUCUCACUGGCAGCACAAACCGAGGUUGGAGUCGGGGAGGCGUUCACAGAGGAAUCACCCCAUUUUACAACUGAGGAAUAUACCCGGGAUCAAGUGGACAUUGUGACGCAGGGUUGGUUCAUUGGCUUAAUGUGUGCAGUCGCUCUCCUUGUUCUUAUCAUGCUCAUAGUCUUUUUCAUCAAGAGGAGCCGAGGAGGAAAGUACCCAGUGCGGGACAAGAGGGACUUUGCACUGGAGCCAUUGGAUGAUAGAGAGAAUGGAACGUUUGAUUACAGGUCUCUUGAGAGGAUAACACGAGCGUCCACAAUGCCCUAUACCAGGCGUGAGGAAGAAAGUCGACAGGGACGCAGUCAAGGUGCGAUCGAGCACAUUGGCAGGAGAACGAACAGUGACGACAGCCUCAUGGAGUACGGUGAGGGUGAAGAGAUCGAGUUUAACGAGGAUGGCUCCUUCAUCGGCGAGUACACAGGCGUCAGUAAGAGGAACAUGGACAGGAGCCCGUACCAUGACAGCUCUGAGCCCACGUCUCCUGUGGCCAUCUACUCUUUUGCUUAGAGCUCAUGGUGGGAUGCCUACAGUGUCCGACUGAGUUAACUUCACACACACCUCAAAACACACAACACAAGAUUAUGAUCUGUUUAAUCUGUCGGACAGGCUGCAAAUGAGUAGUGCAUGUAGAGGUGUGAUUUAAAGGAAAAUCUGUGUUUCUGGUGAUUUACAGUAAAAGUACCAAUCAGUGUUUUUCAAUUCCACAAAUCAUGUGAGAGGAAGCCAAGCGAAGAUGCCUUGAUGUGUUUAUCAUGUUGAUAAGAAGACUGAAAAGAAACGGCUGAUGGAAGCUUGAUUCACUGAACAAACUCAUGUUCAUUUUACAAAAUAACAUUCAGGAUCAUUUCACACAGAUUUAAUUACACAGAUGUAUGAAGAGAUGUUGAGCAUCAAGAACACCUCAGUGUUUUGUUGUUUAACCAGUGUUUGAUCUCACUGAUAGUUGCUACUAAUUCGUGUAUAUUUUAUUUUUCAAUAGCACAUUUGUAUUUUUGUGAGUUUGCUGUACUGUAGGUCACAUUAAUGGACUACAAACUAUUUAUUCUCACACAGAAUGCAAUCUAACACCUCGCUGCUUAUUAUAGUAUGAUGUACAUCAUGUUUUUUGUAUUUUUUGUUAAGAGUACUAUCAUAAGUGUAGUGCAGGGGUAGGCAACGUCGGUCCUGGAGUGCUGAUGUCCUGCAGAGUUUAGCUCCAACCCUGAAAUAAAACCUCACUUGUCUAUAGCCUUAUUAAUCCAGAAGACCUUGAUUAGCUUGUUCGGGUGUGUUUGAUUAGGGUUAGAGCUAAACUCUGCAGGACAGCGGCACUCCAGGACCGACGUUGCCUACCCCGGUGUAGUGCUUCAGUUAUUAAAAUGCAUCAAGAGAAUUAAUGUCUUUGUCAUAACUGAAGUAAAGGUCAUAAGAGUUCACAAUGACCAGGGUCUAUCACGCUCCAAAAAGAGCAAAAACCCAAUAUAAAAGCACCAUAAAAGA